AUGUCACCGGUGGUGCAAGUGCUGCUCGUCUAUCUCGUGGUUCAAUGCCACGCGCUCAAUCACCACCCCACAAACCAAGUUGGAUACCCGGGUGCAGUAUUCGCUGCUUACAGAGCUCCUGCUGCUACCGCUGUGCCUUACGGAAGAUACAAUCCCUACGAAUCUCCUCCUCAGCCGUACAGUUUCGGCUAUGACAAUGUGGACGAGUUCGGUAACCGGCAGUUUCACAGCGAGCAGGCUGACUCCAACAACGCCAAAACCGGCUCGUACGGCUAUCGAAAUGUCAAUGGUCUGUAUCGGAGGGUGAACUACGUGGCGGACGCGUACGGCUUCCGCGCCACCGUGGACACGAACGAGCCUGGGACGGCCCCUGGAGCAAGCGCCGACGCGGUCUUUAAUGCUGCACCAGUGGUUCAGGUUGUUCUUGCCUGCAUCGCGGCAACGUCAUUUGGACUCAAUAACCAUCAGGGAGGGGCAGGCUAUCAGAACCCUGGUUACAACGGCUACGCUGCUCCUGGGGGUGCUGUCCCUUACCAAGGAUACGCUGACUACGCAUCCCCGCCACAGCCGUACAGCUUUGGAUACGACACGGUGGACGAGUUCGGCAACCGGCAGUUCCGAAGUGAACAGGGUGACGCAAACAAUGUGAAGACUGGUUCAUACGGCUACCGUGACGUAAAUGGCAUAUAUCGGCGAGUAAGCUACAUCGCCGAUGCCAAUGGAUUCCGCGCCACGGUGGACACCAACGAGCCAGGCACGGCACCGGGCGCCAGUGCCGACGCCGUAUUUAACGCCGCUCCCAUAGUUCCACCAGUGCCCGUUGGAGGGGCGGCUAGCGGCACAUUUGGCGCCAGAACUACAGCACCUAGCUACAACAGCUACGCCGGCGGAUACGGUAGAUAUGGCGGGUAUGACCAGUAUAGCCGUGGUGCUGGUGGAUACGGAUACGGUGGGUAUGGCAGCUACGGCAACUCUCUGAACGGACCAGCACUCGGCGGCUACGCCUACAGAGGUUCAGCUCCUUACGACUACGGUGCUGCUGGCUACAAUGGAGGACGCUAUGGACCGGCCGGAUACGGUAGUUGGUCCGCCGGUGCUUCACGCCGUCGGCGAUGA